AUGCACGUUGCGAUUCUCGCUCUCGUGCUGCUAAUUCCGAUUUGCUCAUCAUCGGGAGCGCCGCCAUAUUGCGAGCCGGAGCCGCCUUGUAUACCGGAGCCGCCUUGCGAGCCGGAACCGCCUUGCGAGCCGGAGCCGCCAUGCGACGACACGACGACACCGCCGCCACCGACGACGACGACGACAACGACGAAACCGCCGCCAUAUUGCCCUCAAAAUUUCACGAUGUUCGUUCGAACGCCGACGUCGAAGAACAACUUCACAUCGCAUUGGUGCAUGCGCUACGUGUUCACCGAUGAGCCGAUCAAGAGCGGCGACGCGCACAAACUUUGCGAGCAGUACGGCGCCGUUCUGACGAUCUACGAGAGUUUUGACGAACGAAAGGUGCUCAACGACAUUGCCGUCGACGUGGCGAAAAAUCGAUAUCGCCAUAUCAUUUCGCUAACGACUGACGGCCGACGCGUUCCCGAAUGCGACUACUAUCAUCGCGAUGAUGAGUAUUGUAAAGACAAAACGAAAGUGUUCAAGAUGCAAGAUGCCAACACCGAUCCGACAUAUGCAUUUGAAAGUUGGAUGCUCGGACAGCCGGACAGUCAGAACAACGCCGAGGAAGGGGCAUUCCAACGCACCAGAAAUAUGACGGGUACCGAUAACCGCUAUGUCGAGGAUUGUCUCACGCAGAUUGUUGACAACACCGAAGAUAGUUUGAAACUAAAUGAUAUGUUCUGCGAUUUCGCCAUUCCAUUCAACAUCGACGUUCCCGAGUUCCAGAGUCGCGGCGCGUUGUGCGGUCGGCACGCGUUCAACAGCUAA